CCCGUAGAUGUGAGCUGUUUUCAAUAUGGCGUCUUCUUAUCGGUGAGUGUUUGUGAUGGAUAUCUGAAAAAUCUGAACCUGCGAAAAUCGUAGUCAUCUGAAAGUGCACCGUUGUAGUUGUGGUGUGAAGUGUGUUAAGUGCAAUAAUUUUGAGAGGUGCUUUGGUGUUGCCUGUAUUGUUUUAAAAUAUAUUCUCCAUGUUUACUUGCGGUGUUUUGGAAUCCCGAGUGCCUAGCGCCAGCUAGGGCAACUGUUGACCGUCGUUUCAAUAACUUGGAAUGCUCGUUCAUCAUUUUAUAAAGACAGAUAUAUUUGUUGUGUUUGUGUUUUAAAAAAUAGUUUGAAAGACGGGAAAUGAAAUCUUUUUGUGUGUCACAGUAUUAAGCAUUAAGAAUUAAUUGGUGAGUUCGUCAAUUGUCAAUCCAUCGUCUUGUUUACAUUGCACUAGUGUACCGAAUACAAUCGAAUAUUAUCCAAUGUUGUGAAUGAAAAUCAUCUUGAACGUAUUUGAAUAUCAGACGAAGUAAUAUUCGAUAUAUCUUUGAUAUAAUACAUGAAAUUUAUCAAGGAUAAAAUCAUAUAAAUAAAUGUGAUAUUGUGUAUCGACGUUAUAUGUUUCCGAAUUUUAAAAAAAAUCGCACAAAGCAUUUGAUCAUAUUCCAUUUUUAAUACUGUACCGUUUUUGUAAAUAAAUAGUGAGUACUUUGCAUAGUAGUUGCAUGAUAUAGAAGCUAAUAGAAAUUCUUCUAUAUGUUUGCCAUAUGUGUGUUGAAGUAAGAGUUCAAAAGUAAUUUUGAUUGGAGAUACAUCAUUGAAAACGGUAUUUUUUGUCUUCUUUUUAGCCAUUGUCACAGAAGAUGUGGUUUUUAGCAUUAUAAUGCAGGUUUAUUGAACCUGUAAUCUAUUAUAUAACAGCAUGGCUGAUACAAGGCGCCGUGUUAAACUUUAUGCUUUAAAUGCUGAUCGACAGUGGGAUGACAGAGGAACUGGACAUGUUUCAUCAUCAUAUAUUGAUAGAUUAAAAGGCAUGUCAUUAUUAGUACGUGCUGAAUCAGAUGGAUCUGUCCUUUUAGAAUCUAAAAUUCUACCAGACACUGCUUAUCAAAAGCAACAAGAAACACUUAUUGUUUGGUCUGAAGGUGACAAUUUUGAUUUAGCUCUUAGUUUUCAAGAAAAAGCAGGUUGUGAUGAGAUAUGGGAGAAGAUAUGUCAAGUAAGUUCGCGAAGUAUUCUAAAUGUUCAAGGAAAAGAUCCUUCAGUGGAUAUAACGCAAGACUUAGUUGAAGAAUCUGAAGAUGAACGCUUUGAGGACGUAUCCGAUUCCGCCCCUCCAAUUGAACUGCCUCCUUGUGAGCUUAGCAGGUUAGAGGAACUAACUGAAGUCAUUAGCAGCUGUUUACCCUCACCUGCUCGGAGGGAAAAACUAGCAAUUAUUCUCGAGUCUGAGAAUUAUAUAAAAAAACUUCUUAAACUAUUCCAUGUCUGUGAAGACCUAGAUAAUAUAGAAGGACUACAUCAACUAUAUGAAAUUUUUAGGAAUAUAUUUAUGCUUAACAAGAACGCUUUGUUUGAAGUGAUGUUUGCUGAGGACACGAUAUUUGACGUUGUGGGGGCACUAGAAUAUGACCCCUCAAGCCCUACUCCAAAGAGGCACAGGGACUUUUUGCGUAAUGUUUCUCAUUUCAAGGAAGUCAUCCCCAUCUCAAAUCAGGAACUCAUAGCAAAAAUCCAUCAGACAUAUCGCGUCCAGUACAUUCAGGAUGUGUGCUUUCCUACUCCUUCAGUCUUCGAAGAGAAUAUGCUGUCUACGCUUAGUUCUUUUAUUUUCUUCAAUAAGGUUGAAAUAGUGUCUAUGAUUCAGGAUGAUCCCAAAUAUUUAUCAGAAUUGUUUGCUCAGUUAACUGAUGAGUCUACAGAUGAUCAGAAAAGGAAAGAACUUAUCUUAUUUCUCAAAGAAUACUGUAUGUUUUCUCAGACAUUACAACCACAAAGCAGGGAAUCCUUUUUUAAGACAUUGUCUACUCUUGGAGUUUUACAAGCAUUAGAAAUAACUCUGAGUAUGAGCGACCCAGCUAUCAAGUCAGCAUCAACAGAUAUAUUAUCGUACAUUGUGGAUUUUAAUCCGUCCAUGGUCCGUGAAUAUGCUUUACAGCAGUCGAACAAACUAAUGGAAGAAAUGGCGCCUAAGAAAGGAAAUAGCCGACAAGGUGCCUGGAAUCAACCUCCAGACGACCCUAAUGAAAAUAUAUCUGAUCACUUCCUUAUAACUGUUAUUAUUGAACAGAUGAUUAGUGAUACUGAUCCAGAAAUGGGUGGAGCCGUACAUCUCUGCGGCAUACUAAAAAUUUUACUUGAUCCAGAAAAUAUGUUAGCAAAUGUAAAUAAAUCCGAUUUUCUCAACUAUUUUUACAAGUGCUGUAUGCAUGUCCUGAUUGCUCCAGUCUUGGCAAUUACAGCUGAGGACAAGCCCAGCAAAGAAGACAACCAAACUGCACAACUGAUGGGCUUAAUAUUAGAACUGUUGUCAUUCUGCGUGGAACAUCAUACUUAUCAUGUUAAGAAUUAUGUAAUGAAUAGAAAUCUACUGAGUAAAAUAUUAGUAUUGAUGAAAUCCAAGCAUACAUUCCUUGCUUUAUGUGCUCUUAGAUUUAUGCGCAAAAUUAUAGGCAUGAAAGAUGAAUUCUAUAAUCGUUACAUAAUUAGUGGAAAUCUAUUUCAGCCUGUUGUUGAAGCUUUUAAAAGGAACAAUGGUAGAUAUAAUCUUCUAGAUUCUGCCAUAGUAGAGAUGUUUGAAUUCAUUAAAGUGGAUAUUAAAACACUCUGCAGCCACGUAGUUGAACGUUAUGGAAAGUUACUCGACAAAGUGGACUAUGUGCAAACAUUCAAAUCUCUAAGGUUGCGAUAUGAGCAAUACCUUGAUAGGAAAGAUAGAUCCUCUGUUGAUAAUGUUUCUUUGAUAAUGAGGAACAGCAGGUACAGGCGUGAUCCAAGACAGUUAGAAGAAGAUGAAGAAAUGUGGUUUAAUGAUGAUGAUGAAAUUGAAGAUGAAGAGCCAAUUAAUGAAAAUAAAGAUUUAGAUGAUGAAUUUGAUCAAAUAGGACUGGGGAAAAUCUUGGAUAAACGAGCUCGGGAAGCAGAAGGUAAAGAAAAUGUUAAAAAUGUUCCGCUCAGAUCAUUUUCACCUGUAAUGAAUAACAGAAGGAGCAAUAGCCCAUCCAGUAUAACACCACCUGCAAGUCCAACAGUGGAAGUAAAAACUCCACAGUUAACAAGAAAGGGAGGAUUAGUUGAUUACCCAGAUGAAGAUUCUGAAGAAGAAGAUGACGAUGAUGAAGAAACUAACAGCACACCACCAACAAAACGUCUACGAGUGUCAUCAUAGCAUAUUUUUUAAAAUUCGCACUUCACCGACGGCGCUGUACAAAAGGGUUCUCAGUUUUUAAUCACCACAAUUUCAAUCUACCACAAGAAAAUUCCACACCACUGCCCCCUUAUUUUCAUUGUCAGCUGCCAUCUGUGCCUGUCAGUCCACUGACAUUAUUCAUUGGUAAAUUCUGUGGAACAAUUUUUCAAAGGGGGGGAGCAUUUAAUUGUCAUUCACUAGACAGAAUUUUAUCUUGUUAAGAGAAAAAAAUUCCAUAUUUGUUUUGAACUGAAUUAUUUACUUGCUGUAUGUAUGCCAGUGGAAGGGUCUAAUUUCUAAAUUUGUCAUCUUGAUUUGUUGGAAGGAAAAAAAAAAAAAAAAAGAA